AUGGGCAGGGUGGUCCGACGUCUCGCUAGCGUCAUCGCAAAACCCCUGGCCAGCCUGUACCCGGGCGUCUGGGCGUGCAAGGGACCCCGUACUCCACCGUUAGCCGCUCACGACCGUCGAUCAACCCACAGCCUCAGCCAGCCAGGGCUAGCUUUCGCGGGCGAAAUACCAGGCUCGUCCGCUUUCGAACAAACCCAUCAUCGUAUCGUUCGCGGAUAUUGGCAAUCCCCUUUUUCGCAACCCGCCAAGGCUGCGCCAAGUGCGACAGCGUAUCUGCCCUUCGCACGAUGGAAAAGAGAAAGCACGAUACAAGCUUCCCAAGACGUUGCCAUCAGGCGGAAGGAGGGCCUGUUUCUGGGUUCGAGCCCGGCCGAGCUAGACGGGGUGACGCUUGUGAGCGUAGAGUAAAGUGGCUUGCUCGGCGCUGCGCGCUACAAAUCAUGCUUUGCGAUGGGUAAACGUUGCAGCCGUUAGUGAGCUUGACGCCUCGGUGAGGGCCACGCGAGGUAAAGUAAAGUAGAAGAGAAAGCCUUGGGUGUCAACCGAGUUAGAUAAGACGCAGGACAUAUAAAAUCUGCCUAUCUCA